AUGUCUUUUCAAAAGGAACAAUCUAUUAAUCGUAACCUUAUUAAGAAUCAUAUGAUCAAAUUGGAUCUGGAUAAUCCCAAGAAAGAUUAUGAUCAACUUAUUGAAGCAAUCGGAAAUGCUCAAGUUGUAUUAAUAGGCGAAGCAUCUCAUGGUACUGAAGAAUUUUACCAUGAAAGAUGUUUAAUCACAAAAAGGCUAAUAAAAGAAAAAGAUUUCACUGUUGUGGCAUGCGAAGCAGAUUGGCCAGAUACUUAUAAAGUUAAUCGUUACGUACAAAAUUUUAAAUCAAAUGAUUCAAAAGAUGCUCGUGAGGCAUUAAGUGAUUUCAAAAGAUUUCCCACUUGGAUGUGGAGAAAUUAUCAAAUAGCUGAUUUCGUUGAAUGGCUUAAAAAACAUAAUGAUGAAUUGGAAGCUAAAGCAAAAGCUGAACAAGGUGAAGAAGAAUGGAAUCGUUAUAACAAAACUGGAAUAUACGGAUUGGAUUUAUAUUCGUUAUUUGCGUCUAUUGAUGCUGUGAUCACUUAUUUGGAAAAUGUUGAUGCUCGGGCAGCAAAGAGAGCAAGACAAGCUUACGGUUGCUUUGAUCAUUUCGAUCGGUCAACCGAAUCUUAUGCGUUCUCUACAUAUUUUAAAGUUUCUUCAUCAUGUGAAAAAGAAGUGAUUAGGGUGUUAACUGAUCUUGCUAAAAAGCAAUCUGAACGCAUUACCCGCAAGAAUCACUCAAAUGACGAGGAUGUAGAUGAGUUAUUCUGCGCUAAUAUAAAUGCUAUGGUGGUUAAGGAUGCUGAAGAAUAUUACCGAAAGAUGAUUAAUGCUGGUGCUCAAAGUUGGAAUAUGCGUGAUUCACAUAUGAUGGAAACGUUGAAAUCUUUAAUAAAUUUUUUUCAACGUCAGAGAACUAAACAAGUUAAAGCUGUUGUUUGGGCACAUAAUAGUCAUGUUGGAGACGCGAGACAAACUCAUCAAGGAGAAAAUCAAAAAGAAUUGAAUAUUGGUCAGUUGGUUCGUGAACAAUUUGGAUUUGACAGAGUUUACAACAUCGGAUUUACCACGCACACGGGAACAGUUACUGCGGCUUCCGAUUGGAACGGGCCAAGGGAUAAAAAAGCUGUUAAUCCGUCACGUCGUGAAACAGUUGAACACUUAUUUCACACGGUGGCCGAAGAAACUUCUUCGCCAAACUUUCUCCUCACUUUUAAUCAAAUUAAACAAAAUAAAAAAUUACCCGUCUCAAAGGAUCUCAUGAAUGAACUAGCUAAUAAAGCUAGGUUGAAAGAAAGAGCCAUUGGAGUAAUUUACCGUCCUGAUACCGAAUUACGAUCUCAUUAUUUUAAUGCUAAAAUUUCUUUACAGUUUGAUGCUGUUAUACAUAUUGAUACUACGUCUGCUUUGAAACCCUUGCCGGACAAAACUGAAGAUGAAAUUGAUAGAACUAAUAUUAAAGAGGAAGAGAUGCCAGAGACUUAUCCAACAGGGGAAUAA